AUGGCUAAAGCUGGAUUCAGGAACUACGAAGCCGACAAAGCGAAACUCACGGAAUUCCUGCAAAACUAUAAGACGUUGGACACGAAUAACCAGAAUCAUGCCAAGUAUGCUGUACAGUUGGCCAAACUCGCACAUCGUGAACAGGUGUCUUUGCACAUCGAACUCGACGAUUUAGACCACUUUGACAACUCGUUGGCCGAUGCUGUGUCUGCCAAUUGUCGUCGGUACUCUUCCAUGAUAGCUGAUGUUGUGCAAGAUCUAUUACCAAGUUACAAAGACCAUGAACCUGAAAACAAAGAUGCUUUGGAUGUUUAUAUUCAACACAGAAUAUUAGCCCAGCAAAGACAAAGGAUGAUACAAGCUGAUGAGAAUGUUGCUCCUACAAAUAGAUAUCCUCCAGAACUAAUGCGAAGAUUUGAAAUAUACUUUAAAGAUCUAAGCACUAAAAAAGAAUUACCUAUACGUGAUGUGAAAGCUAAUAGCAUUGGUAGAUUAAUAUCUGUGCGUGGAAUAGUCAUGAGAAGUACAGAAGUAAAACCUAUGGUUGUAGUUGCUACUUACUCUUGUGAUCUAUGUGGUGGGGAAACAUAUCAACCAGUAAAUUCACUGACUUUCAAACCUUUAGAAUUCUGUCCAAGUGCAGAAUGUUCAGCUAAUAAACCAGGUAGUCGCUUGUACUUACAAACUAGAGGAUCUAAAUUCAUAAAAUUUCAAGAACUCAAAAUUCAAGAACUAAGUGAUCAAGUUCCAAUAGGUAAUAUUCCACGUUCACUAACUGUGUUAUGUAGAGGUGAAGCUACACGGCAAGCAGUACCCGGAGACCACAUAUCUGUAACUGGUAUAUUUUUACCUUUGGUUCGUUCUGGAUUCCGACAAAUUCAGCAAGGUUUAUUAUCUGAUACUUUUCUUGAAGCCCAUAAUAUUGAAUGUUUAAAUAAACUAAAUGAAGAAAAACUUGGAGAAGGUGAACUAUCCGAAGAAGAAGUUUUGGAAUUGGCUGGUGAUGACUUUUAUACAAAAUUAGCUGCAAGUUUGGCACCAGAAAUAUAUGGCCACGAAGACGUAAAAAAAGCCUUGUUAUUACUUUUAGUUGGUGGUGUAGAUAGAGCACCUGAUGGGAUGAAAAUUAGAGGAAGCAUUAAUAUUUGUUUGAUGGGAGACCCUGGUGUAGCAAAAUCUCAAUUGCUCUCCUAUAUUGAACGUCUUGCUCGUCGUAGUCAGUAUACUACUGGUCGAGGUUCUUCAGGUGUAGGUCUCACUGCCGCUGUGAUGAAGGAUCCUUUAACCAACGAAAUGGUCCUAGAAGGUGGUGCUCUUGUAUUAGCUGACCAAGGUGUAUGUUGCAUUGAUGAAUUUGACAAAAUGGCAGAGUCUGAUCGAACUGCUAUUCAUGAAGUGAUGGAACAACAAACCAUCUCAAUUGCCAAAGCUGGAAUAAUGACACGUUUGAAUGCUCGUGUGAGUAUAUUGGCUGCAGCCAAUCCUGCUUAUGGAAGAUAUGAUCCUAAACGUUCAAUUGAAGCCAAUAUCCAACUUCCAGCAGCUUUGCUUUCUCGUUUUGAUUUGUUGUGGUUGAUUCAAGACAAACCCAAUCGUGAAAAUGAUCUUAAGUUGGCUCAACAUAUCACAUAUGUUCAUAAGCAUAGUUGUCAACCGCCAUCUGAAGUACAAGCAUUGGAUAUGAGUUUAAUGCGUCGUUACAUUGAUUUGUGUAAAAAGAAAACUCCUACUGUUCCUGUAGAGCUUACAGAAUUUCUUGUCAAUUCAUAUGUUGACUUGCGUAAAGAUUCACGUAACAACGGCGAUACAACAUUUACCUCGGCAAGAAAUCUUUUGGCUAUACUUAGAAUAUCUACAGCUUUAGCUAAGCUUAGAUUAUCAGAUUUGGUGGAACGUGAGGAUGUAGUUGAAGCUAUGAGACUUUUAGAAAUGUCUAAAAUGUCUUUAAUGCAGACUGAUGAAAAAACUGGAAGACCUCAAAGUGUUGUGGACCGUAUAUUCAACGUAAUAAGAGAAUUAGCUGGAGGACGAACUGUUGUCAAAAUGUCUGACAUUAGAGAAUAUUGUACGAGUAAAGGAUUCAACACAUCACUAGUUGAUGAUUGUAUUGAAGAAUAUGAAAUGCUUAAUGUGUGGCAGGUGAAUCAAGCUAAAACUACAAUUACUUUUAUUUAG